UUUUUAGUACAUUACCCAUACCCAAUUUAGUCGUUGGUUCUAAGGAACCGUUUUAUUCCUCCGUUACUCUUCCAAUGGAGGCAAGGCUAUCUACAACUUUUCUCGGCCAUAGAUGGACGCCCGCCGUCGCCGUCGCCGGAGGAGGACGCCGCCUCUUUGGCAAGCAAUUCAAUACGCGAUUAUUCUUCCCCCUCCGUCCCCAUCCCUCGCUCCCCGUUUCCUGCAAGACUCGCCAGCGCCAUUUCAGUUUGCAAAAUAAGAGGCAACGACACAAGAAGAUCAGUUUGGAACGUCCAACAAACACAGAUAUUCGGUCAGCCAGUGUUGAAGAUGAUCCAGAAAAUUCCUUGGAUGAUAGUUUACCAAUUUCAAAUGAAGAAACAAUAGCUGAUGGGAAUAUUGUCACUGUGACAGAAGCUGAGAGUCCUGAUGUGAAAGAAGCAAAUAGUCUACCAAUUUCAAAAGAAGAAAUAACGUUUGAAGGGAAUGAUAUUCUUACAGAAGCUGGGAGUUUUGAUGAGAAUGGAGCUAAUAGCGUGCCAAUUUCAAAUGAAGAAACAAAAGCUGAGGGAAGUAUUGAUAACAUGACAGAGGGCGAGAGUUUUGAUGAGAAAGAAGUUAAUAGCAUACCAAUUUCAAAUGAAGAAACAAAAGCUGAAGGAAGUAUUGAUACCAUGACAGAAGCUGAGAGUUCAGAUGAGAAAAGAGAAAAUAGUCUGGUUCUUCUAGAUGAGAUUAAAUCUUUGUCUGUCGAUGCAAACGGGGAAAAGGCAAGCAUUCAACUUCAGGAUUUGGUUGGCAUGAUAAGAAAUGCUGAAAAGAAUAUUUAUAUUCUUAAUGAAGCUCGUAUCCAUGCACUUGAAGAUCUUGAAAAAAUUCUCGGUGAAAAAGAAGCUUUGCAGGGUGAGAUCAAUGCCUUAGAGAUGAAGCUAGCAGAAACUGAUGCUCGGCUCAGAGUUGCUGCCCAAGAAAAGAUACACAUGGAGCUUCUUGAAGAGCAGUUGGAGAAGUUGAAAAAUGAGCUAUCUAGUAGGGGUAUAAGUGAAGGAGAUGUGCAUAAUUCAAUUCCUAUUUCACAGGAUACUGUUGUUUAUUCGAUUAGUGAGGAACUUGAUAUAUUGAGAAAAGAGAAUGCUUCACUAAAGGGUGAUCUGCAGUCACUUAAGACAGAGCUCAGCAAUGUCAAGCAAACUGGAGAACGCAUUCUAGUGCUGGAGAAAGAACGGUCGUUUUUGGAUUCUUCUUUAAAAGAGUUGGAGUCUAAACUUGCUGCAUCUCAGGAAGAUGUGUCAAAACUCUCAGUCUUAAAAUCUGAAUGCAAGGGAUUAUAUGAUAAAGUGGACCAUUUACACGAAUUGCUACAUAAAGCAACUAAACAGGCCGAUCAAGCAACAUUGGUACUGCAACAAAACCUAGAGCUCCGGAAGAAAGUUGAAAGGCUUGAAGAAUCUCUUGAAGAGGCUAAUGUCUACAAGCUAUCAUCAGAAAACUUGCACCAGCAUAAUGAACUCAUGCAAGAAAAGAUAAAACUUCUCGAUGAGUGCCUUCAAAGAUCUGAUGAAGAGAUACAAUCAUAUAUUCAGUUAUACCAAGACUCUGUAAAAGAAUUUCAAGUUACACUUGAUAAUCUGAAAGAAGAAAGCAAGAAAAAUGCUUCAGAUGAACCUGUAGAUGAUAUGCCUAUGGAAUUCUGGAGUCGCUUACUGCUAAUGAUUGAUGGUUGGUCUCUAGAAAAGAAAAUUUCAAAGGAUGAUGCAAUGUUGUUGAGAGAAUUGGUUUGGAAGAGAGAUCGGCGCCUAUGUGAUGAAUACAUGUUAUGCAAGGAGAAGAAUGAGAAUGAAAUUAUAUCCACACUUCUAAGAUCAAUAUCAUCAUCAGCAAGUGGAAGACUUCACAUAAUUCAUAUUGCAGCUGAGAUGGCGCCAGUAGCAAAGGUUGGUGGUCUAGGUGAUGUGGUAACUGGUCUUGGCAAGGCUCUGCAGAAGAAAGGACACCUUGUGGAAAUUGUGCUUCCUAAAUAUGACUGUAUGCAAUAUGAGCUAAUUUCCAACUUGAGGGUCCUAGAUGUUGUAGUUGAAUCAUACUUUGAUGGUCAGUUGUAUGAAAACAAAAUUUGGAUGGGGACUGUUGAAGGCCUUCCUGUAUAUUUCAUUGAACCUCACCAUCAGGGUAAUUUCUUCUGGAGAGGUCAAUUUUAUGGGGAGAAUGAUGAUUUCAAACGAUUUUCAUUCUUCAGCAGGGCUGCGCUUGAGCUACUUCUUCAAGCGGGCAAGAGACCUGACAUCAUUCAUUGCCAUGACUGGCAAACAGCUUUUAUUGCACCACUUUACUGGGAUCUAUAUGUACCAAAAGGAUUGGACUCGGCCAGGAUUUGUUUUACAUGCCAUAAUUUUGAGUAUCAAGGGACUGCACCAGCAUCAGAGUUAGCUUCCUGUGGGCUUGAUGUUUAUCAUUUGAAUAGACCAGAUAGGAUGCAGGAUAAUUCAUCAAAUGAUAGAAUCAACCCUGUUAAGGGUGCAAUUGUGUUCUCCAACAUUGUAACUACAGUUUCACCAACAUAUGCUCAAGAGGUCCGGGGUGCGGAGGGGGGAAAAGGCCUUCAUGCAACAAUUAAUUCUCAUGCCAAGAAAUUUAUUGGAAUUUUAAAUGGAAUUGAUUAUGAUGCUUGGAAUCCAGCAUCUGAUACUUUUCUGAAGGCUCAAUACAGUGCAAGUGAUAUUGAGGGGAAAACAGAAAAUAAAGAAGCAUUAAGGAGACAUCUAGGGCUGUCGUCUGCUGACGUUAGGCGACCAUUGGUUGGUUGCAUAACAAGAUUGGUGCCCCAAAAAGGUGUUCAUCUUAUUCGACAUGCUAUAUAUAAAACUUUGGAGUUGGGAGGACAGUUUGUUCUUCUUGGUUCGAGCCCUGUCUCCCAUAUUCAGAGGGAGUUUGAGGAUAUUAGCAACCAAUUCCAAAAUCAUGAACAUGCUCGGUUGAUAUUGAAGUAUGAUGAAUCUCUUUCACGUUUAAUUUUUGCAGCAUCCGACAUGUUUAUCAUUCCAUCCAUCUUUGAGCCGUGUGGCCUAACACAGAUGAUUGCAAUGAGAUAUGGGUCAAUUCCUAUAGCUAGGAAAACCGGGGGCUUGAACGACAGUGUUUUUGAUGUUGAUGAUAAAACCAUACCAAUCCAAUUUCGGAACGGCUUCACAUUUACGACCGCCGAUGAGCAGGGUCUUAGCAACGCGAUGGAACGCGCAUUUAAUCAUUAUAAGAACAAUAGUGAAGGCUGGAAAGAGCUUAUUCAGAAGGAUAUGACCAUAGAUUUUAGUUGGAACUCAUCAGCAUCACAAUAUGAAGAACUCUAUCAGAUGGCAGUAGCUAGAGCAAGGGCCGCAGCAAGCCGUAGUUGAGAUUGUUCUGACAAUGGUGAUUCUUUUAUUCAUUGAUCUAAGCUUGUGCUGCCCUGCUUCAACUAGCAGAGUAGCAGACACACACACACACACAAAGAUAAUGUUGGAGUUCACCAUAUGAUUUUGGAUGAGGCCCUGAUUUACAUGUAAAUAAUUUAAUUUUGUAGAUUUGUAAUCAUGUAUAUACUGUCACCAAGUACUCCCGUACAAGAUUGUGGUAUCACUAACUAUAGAAAAUUAGAAAUACAAUAUGUAAAGUGCAUUAUUUAUUGAUUAUGAGUACAUAAAUAUUCCUGGUGA